CUACCACCUCCUGAAACCUAUUCAUGAACCACCAUGGGCCAGUCAUUAAGAAUCUCAAUCAAGAUUACAAAAAGAAUCCUGGUUAAGAAAUACUAUUUCAGCAUGAUAAUCACUUGUACAGAAAUGAUGCUUAGAUAAGGAUGUGGGUGGUUGUAAUAUUGAGUUAUAACAUUUUGCAUAGAUCUUUUUUCUUUUUAAAUUGCUCAGACUAUUCUCCAUAACAAUUGUGCAAAUCUUUGAAGCUGAAGUUUAUUCCACUAAAAGAUAAUUCAACCACCAUAUCUUAAAUGUUAAAUAAUACGUAGAAUCAAGUAUCCCAAAGUCAACUCAGUGAACAUUCGAAUUGAAAACUCCUUGUUUUAAGCUCGAUAUCAAUACCAUUAUGAAGUUCACAAGAUAAUCAGAAGGAACACUAUUUAGGUACUGCUAAUUUGAUUUUUUUAAAAAAUUGAAAUUGGCAAACAUUCCAUCCAAUCUAAGCUAUGGUCUGUCUUCUGUACAACUUUAUCAUUAGGCAUCUUUCAUCUAAAUAAUUCAGUAAAAUAUUAAUGAGUCUUUGCUUUUCUACCAAAUAUCUCUUCUCUCUGUACCACAGAAUCCAGAAAUAAUUAGUGGGAAAUUCAGCUUGAGUAGUUUUCCUUGGUCAGAUAGGUCUCUAGAGAGAGGUGUGCUAAGCAAAGGGAAAGGCUCUUAUUUACGUCCUAAAUAUAAACAGCUCUUUAUUCACUGAGGCCAUUCUUUGCACUGUAGUAAUGCUAGUGCAGAAAACUCUCUUGUCUGAAAUCUAUUCCAUAUCUGAUAUCUGAUGCCAACCCCUAUAGUGAUAAAGGCCACAGACACAAAUCCAGAAGCACCGAAUCUAAACAGUCAGUCCUGAGAGGUCUCUCUGGUUGGUUUCUUUUCCCUGUUGCCAUUCAUCAGAGGACGAGUUUACCAACAGCCAUCGACCAAGCACAUCCAAACUGGAUCCAGGCCAAGAGCAAGCAGCAUUGUUGAAAUCUGGGCAGCAAGGUGGAAGGGUGGCCAGGGCGUCAGCUGGAUGAAAACAUGCGGGGACUGCUGGGCAGCAGCUGGAAGAAGUUUGGACAUGCUGGCCGGGAGACAUACGAGUGGUUAACCAGCGAGCCCAGUUCGCCUCUCUUGGAGACCCAGCUGCAGGGCACCCAGUGGGUGAGCUCCACCCAGGAGGAUGUGGAGCCCUUCCUGUGCAUCCUUCUGCCAGCCACUAUCCUGCUCUUCCUGGCCUUUCUGCUGUUGUUCCUGUACCGUCGCUGCAAGUCCCCGCCACCCCAGGGGCAGGUGUUCAGCAUUGACCUACCAGAGCACCCACCUGCAGAAGAGGUGAUUGACCUCCUGCCUGGCCUGGCCUGGGGCAGUGAGGACUUCACCUACUCCCCAUUGCCCCUGGAGGCCACUCUCCCCUCCCAGUGUUUACCGCCCUCCUACGAGGAGGCCACCAGAAAUCCUCCUGGGGAGGAGGCCCGGGGAUGCAGUCCUUCAGUAUGAAGAGGGCUCACAUGGAUCGGAAGGGCAAAAAUAAACUGCUCUUGGGAAUCAUAUAAAACAUAGCUCUCCACCUUUAACAGAGCGCCCAUGAGAAGAGGGAGAAGGGCCCCUAGACACAAGAAGCUGCUAUUCAUUGGCAACCUCUGCCAAUGGAGCACUUCAAGCUGAGGGCAAAGCUUGACAAAUGCCAAUCUAGUUAACCUAUUUUCACAUUCCUUAGGGAAAAGUUCCCCAGGUUCUUCUAAAGAUGACUGCACUCUCCUAAAAUGUAUAAUACUCCUGAGAAAAAAAGGAAAGUUCUAUGUGAGUUGAAAAAAAACACUGAAUUACUAAUGAGCAAAGGAACGGACUCUGAAGGGCAAGAAAAAAAAAUUCUGGACCAGCCAAAGGUAACUACUUUUGCCACCAAAUAUAACUUUUCUCCCCACACCAGGUUUUCAGGGUUUCAUGGUUUGUUUCACUUCUGUAUGAAUGCUCCAAGAUACAGAGAGAGUUCUAGAAGGAGUAAAAGACAUCUGUAGAGCUGCAGGGGACAGCUGUGUUGUAAAUAAUGGUGAAAUAUAUUACCGUUUUAGCAAUGAAAAUGUAGAUAUUUGCAAACAUUUUAGUUAAAAAAUAAUAAUAAAGCUGUCCAAAGUUAUUUUCUUUGUAGUCACCUUGCUUAUUUGUCUUCUGAUUUACUUCCUCAGAUGUGGGAGAGAUGUGGCUUAGUGACAUGGGAAUGUCUCACACUAGGAUAUUAUGGGUCAUCUGACAGUGCUGUGGCAAAAGAGAGAGCUUCUGCUAUAACACAUUAUCUUAUUAGAUAGCACUUAUUAUCUUAUUAUAUAACACUACCAUAUAAUACGUCAUGUAUAGCACUGUGACUGAAUUUUUAAGCUUCACCAAGCAACAAUGACAGUAGAAAUCAGGUUAACAUUGGAAAAGAAAGGUCAACAUUUUGGAUUACAUGGUAAAGAAAAAACUAUUAGUUCCAAUA